CUUCGGCCAUGCCGCCGCCGCAAGAGGCGCCACCGCGCCGCUCGCGGCCGAUAAACGAGCGCCCAGUCACUGCCACGACGUCGCGCCCCAAUGUGCCGCCGCGCGCCCGCAAGGUGCUCGCCAAUAUGGCCGCGUUCGCGCCGGGCGCCAAGGAGCGGCGCGAGGCGGCCGAGCUGCUGAGGCAGGAGAAGGAGCAGGAGAGGGAGGCGAGGGAGGCGCAGAUCGACCAUGACGCAGAACGUCUGCUGGUCAUCGAGGCGGCGCGGCGCGGCAAGCAGAGCAGACUGCGGGGCGUGCCGCAGCUGCUGGGCGAACACGACGGCGGUGCAGCGACAGGCGCAGAUGAGGGAGAGGCAGCAGCGCCUGCGCUUCGGCAGGACGUCGAUGAGGACACGGAGCGCUCUCGGAACAGCGCCGCUGCAGAGCCACGUGCUGCACAGCCCGAGACGGCGCAGCGGCCAACAGCGAAGCCCUCGACAUCGCGCUCGUCCUCGUUUCGCAAGUCCGCUCCGGACACUUCGGACGACGCAGGUCCGUCACGCCCAAGACCACCGCCGGUGGCGCUCUUCUCCGACGUGAUCGCACGCCAGACGGCACACAUCACGUCUAAGAAGAGCCUCAAGGACAAGGGCAAUCCGAUCACGCACGCAGUGACCGGGCACAACCAGACGCUCUACACAUCUGCUUCGAGCGGCCAUCAGGUCGGCGAUGGCAAGAACAAUUCGUCCGUCGGCGGCUCGUGGUGGGCUACGCGACUCGCAAAGCUGAAGGAGCAAGCUGCCGAGACGGAGUCGCAGCUGUUCCGCAGCGUCCAGGCCUACAUCAAUGGCUUCACGGGCGAGAGCACGACGCGGGCAGAGCUGGCGCGUUUGCUGCAGAUGCACGGAGCGAGCAUCAUGAUUAUGCCCAACGGCAAGACGACACACAUCCUCUCCGCCGCACCUCUAUCUGCAAAGAAGACACACGAGCUUCUCGCGCGGAAAGUCGGCUCGCGCGGACCGACGCUUGUGCACGUGGACUGGGCGUUCGACUCCAUUGCUGCGGGCAAGCGACGUCCCGAGCACCUGUACGGCUUCGCGACCGAGACGCAGGGCAACAUUGCCAGCAUGCUCGGAGCUGGCGGCUCGUCGAGCGCAGGCACACCUGCGGCUGCACAGCACGCCGAGGAGCCUUCAGGCGCAUCGAGCGCUUCCAAGCUUGCGUGGCGCAAGAGCUCCUCAGCCAGCAGCGUGGAGCGCAAGCGCUCGCAUCCCUCCACGCUCGACGGCUCGGCGACCCUCAAGCGAGCCAAGACCGAAAGCACGCUCGAUCUCCCUCCGCCCCGCAAGUCUGCGAUGGCACUUCCGGCGUGGCGGACUGCCACGUAGCCUGCCUCACCCACGCCGCCCCCUGUAUCGUCUCUUCCUACUCUCCGUCACCGCCCACCUGUAUCACUACGCCCACAGCGCUCUCCACUAAUACACGCUAGAAGUA